ACCUUCCAUAUCUUUUAUCGAAUCGAUCAUCUCGAGCAUCGAUCGAUUGUGCAGUCAUUAUCACUGCGACAUAAUAAUAUCGAUCACGCCGUCUGUCAAUUCCCACCCGGCGCAUCCCGAUAAUUUUUGUGCUUAAUCGAGAUUCAUCAUCUUGCGCCAACGCUCGACUGCGAUGACGAGGCAUAUCAUAUCCUAAACACGCCCGCGCGAUGGCCUUCAACUUCAACUGGUCGCCUCUCACGGCCGAUGAGGACUUUUACCAGCGCGCCCGCGACCUGCUCACCACCGCCCUGAACAAGUCCCCGAAGCCUCCCAUCAUUGUCGAUGACAUCCUCGUCACCGAGCUCAACCUCGGCUCCGUGCCGCCCGAGCUGGAAAUACUGGAGAUAGGGGAUUUGGCUGAAGAUCGCUUCAGGGGCAUAUUCAAGAUGUGCUACAGCGGCGAUGCCUUCCUGACCCUCAGGACAAGAGUUCAGGCAAAUCCCCUGAACACGUACCUGCAUUCAAAGCCAGACUUCACGUCCCCACAACCGCUGGCCGCCUCGUCGGGGCUCACGAUCCCUCUGUCGCUGACGCUCUCCGACAUCAAGCUGUCGGCGUUCAUCAUCGUCGUCUUCUCCAAGCAGAAGGGUCUCACCAUCGUCUUUAGAAAUGACCCGCUUGAAUCGCUCAAGGUCUCCUCGACCUUCGACUCUAUCCAGUUCGUUAGAGACUAUCUGCAGAAGACGAUCGAGGGAAAGCUCCGUGACCUGAUGAUGGACGAGCUGCCGGCCAUUAUUCACCGGUUGUCGCUGCGCCUUUGGUGCCCGGAUCAGAUCCCCAGGGAUGAGGACGGCGCCCCAGAGACCAGCGAGCCCGCCGUUGAUCCUUUUGCCAGCCCACCACAGGAUGCGGUGGAUGCGCAUGGCAACUUGUUGGACCCCAGCGAGAUCUCCAACUUGUCUCUGGAUGGAGGGCCUGAGCUGCAGACGCUGUUCUCUCAGAAGAACCUCACCAGGCUGGCAUCACUAAGCGACUGCAACCGCACCAUGUCUCUUUUCACCCCGUCCCUGCGUGAUGUUGUAUUCAGGGCCUGGGCCGGCUCACAGGAGAAAUCUGAUUUCACCAGCCCACCCCUGGCAACUCCCAGCCUGACCAAGGCCCACUCGUUCCAGGCGAACUCGACAACGUACACCUUUUCCGACACGAGUAGCUUAGACCAGGGCUAUAUGCCAUCAUCAAGGUCAUCCAUGGUUAACCUGAACUCAGCCGCGACUGGGCUGUCGCUCGGAUCAGGGAGAAAUUCGAGGUCGAAUGCUGGCCGCAAGAAGAAGACGCGUGUGGUGAAUCUCCGACGCAGGCACACCGAGGGCACGGUCGAGAAGCCUCUGGUGACUACCAUCAUCCCCGAGGAGCCCGAAGACCAUGCUCCAUUGUCACCGACCAAGGUGCGGUUCGACAGCGUCGCUGCAGCCGACAGUCUCACCCGUCCACCCUUGAAGCCGGAACUGUACAACACGGAAGUAUCUCAGACACUGUCUUCUUCCGAGAAGCAGCCUCAGAAACCUCAACAAACAGCAUAUGUUCCUGUGACGCAAUCGUCAGGGAAGACCUCCGUACCGGCCGACACCAAGACACCCUUCGAGUUCAGCCCACGAAGAGGGCCACCAUCCGAAACGUCGUCUGCAAUCUUUGAGCAAGCCUGGAUUCAAAAGAUGGCUGGCGAGAUUGCCCGACGGGUAUACGACGAAAAGCGGCGCAACCCCGCUUUCUGGGAAGAUCGCGAGGAUGGGCCUCCACCAGCGUAUGAGGCUCAGUGAUAGCCACACAGCGUGCACAAAUUUCUUAUGUCUCCAGAGCAAUUUCCUAUCCGGUUUGGCGUUAUACCCCAUGGAGCCACGAGAAUGGUUUUGUCCUUUGCUCUUUUCUAUUUAUCGAGAAUGAUCCUGCAUGGCGUUCAGGCUUUGGGGUGGAACACAAAAAAACUUUUUGGCGGCGAGAAGAUGUGAUCUCAGUUUGGAUAUUAUAGGGCGCCAUGAAGGGGCGGUCACAUGGCAUAGAUGGAUCAGAGGAUUGGCCCUGCCUCCACAACCAAGCUUUAUACUCACACUCGUUCUUGCCUUUUUUUCCUCAGACGGAAUUUCUUUUGUUGGUUGGUCGAUCAGAACGGCAGAGACUUAGCCGCACCUUGAUGGGUGCACGUGUACAGUUGUAAAGUACAGCAGAAGAAGAUGGUGAUCAAGAAGAAGAAGAAGAAGAAGCACGAAGGACACCCAGUCGUCGUCAUACUACGAUGAUAUAGACGGAUUGUGUGCGCGUGCGCGAGAUGAGACAGAGAGCGCCUGCGUUGCUGGCCAAACCUGGGACGUUCCCGUAAUGAUGAGACUCCCACCUCUACUCUACAUAUACAAAUCACAUAAAAAUCCCUCUAAACC